UGAAUAUUGCCUUCACGACAAAACAAAUAAAUACGUAUCAACAAAUAAUAUCAACAAAUACACGGAUUUGCUUUUAUAGCUACAAAUUGAAAGAUCUGCAGUGAGAAUCAGAUCUUCAGAUGUAGUUUCAUAUUCUGUGCUGAAUAAGACGCUGAAAAUUUAAUCCUCUUCCUAUCUGGACUUUAAUCAUGAUAUUCCUUGUCUGUCUAAUCAUGCCGCUCCUUGAUUUGAGUGAGUCCUCAUCAAAACCUUCCGAUGAUGAGCAAAAGAUUUUCCAGUACAUCGAUCAUCAUCAAGAUAUAUUUGUUCAGAAUCUGUCAGACUGGGUGGCUGUGGAGAGUGAUUCCAUACAACCACACUUAAGAGGAAAUAUAACUGAAAUAGUAAAGAUAGCAGCAGAUAGUCUCCGGGCUUUAGGAGCUACUGUAGAGUUGAGGAACGUGAGCGCUCAAGAUGAGCCCUAUGUCCAGAACCUUUCAUUACCUCCUGUUAUUCUAGCAGAGCUUGGGAAUGAUACAGAAAAACCCACUGUGUGUUUUUACGGACAUUUGGAUGUGAUGCCUGCCAAAAAGGAAGAUGGAUGGAAAACAGAUCCCUACAGAUUGACUGAAGUGGAUGGAAAACUUUAUGGGCGUGGGACAACCGAUAACAAGGGGCCUGUUUUAGCCUGGAUAAAUGCAGUGAGGACUUUCAUAGCGCUAAACAUGACCUUGCCAGUAAAUAUCAAGUUUCUUCUUGAAGGCAUGGAAGAAGCAGGAUCCCUUGGGCUAGAAGACUUACUUAAAGAAGAAAACAAAAUAUUUUUCUCUAAUGUUACAUAUAUUGUAAUUUCGGAUAACAUUUGGCUCAGCAACGAAAAGCCAGCUCUAACAUAUGGAACUCGGGGAAAUGCUGGCUUCUUUGUGGAGGUAGAAUGCUGUAAAAAAGAUCUCCAUUCAGGAUCCUUUGGGGGCAUCAUCCAUGAAGCAAUGUCUGAUUUGGUAGCCCUUCUUGACAGUCUUGUGGAUUCAUCAGGUCGUAUUCUGAUCCCUGGAAUCUAUGAAGAUGUCGCUAAUAUUACAGAUGAGGAGAUGAAGCUGUAUGCACCAAUAGAUUUCAACUUUGAUGAACAUAAAAUGAAUAUUGGAGUAAAAGAAUUUCUUUAUAAAACUAAGGAUGAUAUCCUGUUAAACAUGUGGCGUAACCCAUCUCUCUCUAUUCAUGGGAUAGAAGGAGCUUUUUCUGAACCUGGCAUCAAAACAGUCAUACCUUCAAAAGUAAUAGGGAAAUUUUCAAUCAGACAAGUUCCUAAUAUGAACCUUCCUACUGUGGAAAGUCAGGUGAAAGAGCAUUUAAACAACGUAUUCUCUAAAAGGAACAGCCCAAACAAAUUGACUGUGUCUAUGCAAGUGGGUGCAAUGCCCUGGAUUGCUAAUGUUAAGGACCUGCAGUACGAAGCAGCUAGAAGAGCAAUCAAAACAGUAUUUCAGCAAGAUCCAGAUAUGAUUCGGGAUGGAUCAACAAUUCCAGUUGCCAAGAUGUUUGAGGAUAUAACAAAGAAGAGUAUAAUGAUGUUUCCAAUUGGAGCAGCCGAUGAUGGAGAACACUCCCAGAAUGAGAAAAUAAACAGGCUCAGUUACAUCAAUGGAACAAAAGUAUUUGCCUCCUUUUUACUGGAGAUCUCAAAGCUUCACGGUGCCUCCAAACUGAUGACUGCAACUUAACACAAAGGUGGUAAAACAGGCUGGGCAUCAUUAGUGCUAUGCUGCUUUGUCGUCACAGUCCUUGGGUCUAGGGUGCCCCACUAGGAUAUGCUUUGCCUUCCUCUUCAACUUUUGUGAAUUUAAUAUUCAAGGCUAGGCAAAACUAUUAUGCAUCCACAAUCAUGAGACUGUUAUUUCCCCUGUUUAUUCUGCUGUUGUAGCCCUUUAUGCAUCUAAUAUAUAAAAUUGCAUCUGUAUUAUUACUGGUUUCUAUCCUUUGUAAAUCCUCUAAAAUGUAGUGGACGAGAACAAUGAAUUUUGCCUUGAUACUGCUACAUAAUAAAGUAACAGUCUUCAGCUUCCUCAA